AUGGCCACUCUCACUAUGACUCCUACUCGUCAGCCUUUGGGCUGUUUGAACACGAUGCCAUUGAUGCGAUCGAAACUUAAUCGUCAGAACCAACAAAAUGGUGCCAUGUCUAUGAAGUCUAUGAAGUCCACCCCAAUGAAGAGGUCUAUCUUCAUCGACACCAAUUCAGAGAACAUCAAUCCUGCCAGUUUCUCUACAAAACGCAAGCGUACCUUCGAAGACGACGAGGACAGCGCGUCCAAGCCCAUCAAAACGUCCCGCAUGGCUCUUUCUGCACGCAUCAACAUCUCCCCUCGUCUCUCAACCCCUUCAAAGAUCUCCAUUACAACUCCCAAAUCAGCUCCCAUUCUCAAGCCCGCUGGUCGCUCCCCACCACCAAAGUCAAGCAAGUCAGCCACUCGCCGUUCGCUUAUCGCCAAGCCCCGCCCAGAGCAAUAUACCAAGCGCGGCGUCGCUCGUCCCUUCUCUCUUGCCUCCGCUCUCGCCCAAUCCACAACUCCUAAGCCUGCGCCCGCUCCUAAGGCCCCUGCCUCGUGGGCCUUCGAUAUUCACGUCGACACUGAGCAGGAGGAAAUGACCAAUCUGAUGCAGCACUCAACCACUGUCUUGGAUAUCAGCGACGAUGAGGGAAAGUCCAACCCCUGCCCCCGUGGGAAGGAGAACAUCCCCCCUCACGAAUUGGGCAUUGAUCUCCCCCGCGUUCGCCAUUCCACUACAACUGUCCCUGCUGCCGCCCGCAAGUCACCCAUGAUGGAUGAGCCCCGUGCUCCGCUCGGUGAGCUCAAUGCUGCUGAAUAUUAUCCCGAGGGUUGCAAUGCUUUCUCAUACACAAUCGUCUAUGAUGACGAAGAGAACGCGCCUGAGUUCAAGAAGCCUUCUUUGCCUCUUUCGCAGAGCCACCAGGCCCUUAUCACUACCUCCAUUGCUUCUGUUUUGGAUGGCGUUACUUCCCGGGCUGCUGAUACCCGGCACCAAAAUCACGAGGACUCAACUGAUAGCACCAAGUCUGCUUUUUGA